AUGGUGGUUUGCGAGGUGGGCAGGGGUACGAAUGCGAGUUUCUGGCAUGACAAGUGGACAAACAGAGGUCCGCUGAUCGAUCUUACGGGACCUAGAGGUCCAGGGGUCACCGUUUUACAUGUGGAUGCAGUAGUGGCGGAUGCUCUAAGAGAUGGGAAUUGGUGGGUAAACAGAAGUGGGAGCAGGAAUCGACUUAUCACUUUGGUUAGAAAGUGUCUUCCGGAAGCAGCUCCUAUAUUAUCCUCAGAAGUGGAGGAUAUAUAUCUUUGGAAGCCUGGAAACAGAGGUGCUUCAACCGCUUUCUCGGCAGCUCAUACUUGGGAGGCUCUACACCCGCAAGGAGAGCAAGUCUUCUGGCAUCGGCAAGUCUGGUUUCAAGGUAGAAUACCCAAACAUAUGUUUAUUACAUGGGUGAUUGCGCGGAACCGUCUAGGCACAAGAGACAGAUUGAGAGGCUGGGGCUUGCAGGUGCCGUCAACUUGCAUUUUAUGCAAUGUGGCAGAUGAGACAAGACAACACUUCUUCUUUGAUUGUAGUUACAGCUCUGAGAUAUGGUCGUUUUUCUGCUCUAGGCUGCAGUUAAUUCCUCCUGUCUUGUUUUAA